AUGACUACUACGACUAAUACGACGAGUAUAACAACAAUAAGUAAUCAAUUAUCUGGAGUUGGAUGGAAACACUUUAUCAUUGAUUCAGAAAACUACUAUAUCAAAUCAAAGUUUAGCAAUGAUAGCUACUCUAUCAUAUUGACUGAUCUAGUACUCGUUUGGUACAAAUAUUCAUCUAUUGAUAACAUUAUAAAGGAUAAAUCGAGAUUCAACAAUCAUUUGGAUACCAAGAUUGAAAAGGUAUUGGAUAUACUCAACGAGAAACUUAUCGAUCAGAGAAGUGAUACAACUUAUUCUAUUGAAAUUAAUAGUCAUUCAUAUGAAGCAAGUUUAAAUAUAUCAUCAAAAUUAUCAUUCUAUACAUUUAAAUGGUCAUUUGAAUGUGAACCAAUGGAAAAAGAGACCAUAUUGAAUGUCGAAUCUAGAAGAUUACAUUCAUUGUACAUUAAAUCAAAUUUUAUUAAUCCUUUAUUAUAUCUCUCUCAACAUCAACAAUCUGAAAUUAAAUCAUUACAACAUCAACAGCAACAACAUCAACAACAAUUACAACAACAACAACAACAACAAAAUACUAAUACUAAUAAUAAUAAGUUAAACACAAAUCAUACUGUUGGAGAUAAAAGGUCAAGACAAUAUAAUUCAACAUCAAGUUUAAACUAUAGAACUCAAACAACCUCAACUUUAAAUAUUAAUAAUAAUAAUAAUAUAAAUAAUAAUAGCAGUAAUGUAGAUAUUAAUAUAGAUUUCAAGAAUCAACCAAAAUUUGAUCUAUGUCAAGACUCUACCAUUCAAUUCUUUACAAAGUAUCACAAUUAUUUGACCAAUUUGAAUAAUAGUAAUAAUAAUAAUAAUCAACACCAACAACAUGAUAUAUCUGAUGAUCCAUAUAUGUUGAAUAGUUCAUUAUCAGGUAUUCAUAAUACCAAUAUGGUCGGCGGCGGCGGUAGUGGAUAUUUCUAUGAUUCAUCACAAACAUCAGGAUUAAAUUCUCAACAUAGUUCAUCACUGUCAUCUUUAGAUUUUGAUGGUUCUCAAUCAUCAUUACAAUUAUAUUAUGAAGAGACACCAAAAAAGAAAUAUAAUAAUGUAAAAUUAAAGGAUCGUCAUGGUAAUCAUAAUAGUAAUAAUAAUAGCAAUAUAAAUUUACAAUCAACACUUACAACACUUGCAAAUUAUAAUUCAUUGGAUAGUAGUAGUUUAGAUAUCAAUAAUAAUGGCAGUUUUAAUAAUAAUUUGACAUCUUCAUUUGAUGCUACAACAACUUCAUCAUCAUUCUCCAACAACAACAACUCCUCUACAAUAGGUGGUGGAAACAACUCUAAUUCUAAAAGAGUAGUAUUGAAUCUUUCAACCAGCAGUAGUAAUAUUCAACAACCAAACAACCCACCACCUGAUGACGCAAGUAAUGAACAAGAUGAACUAAGAAGAAGAUUAGAGAUUCAAGAGAAAUUAGAGAGUGCAAAGAAUAAAAAACAGAAAAAGAAGAUCAAAUUGAUUUAA